AUGGAGAGCGCUUUCGUGUCUCUGGUCGGAGUUACGAUACUGUCGUGUACAUUUGGUCAACCCCCACAAUGCACCGACGAAUGCACGCGAUUCAUCCUCAACAAUGCGAACGGACCCCAAGUUUUGAAAGUAUUCGGGGAGCUCCUGAAGCCCGACGAGCCGUCCACACCAAAGAGCACGCUUGAGAUAAGCGGACAAAAAUAUGGCCUACCACCCGCCAAGCGAUCUCUGGUUGAAAUCGCUCUUGAGAGAGGUCUACCAGAAGAUGUCAUGACGAAAAUACUCGACCAAGCGUCUAUACUACCGAUGGACCCCGAAACUGCCACGGCGAGCCUGGACCAAACAGUCAGUACAACCUCAUCGACUCAGCCUCCUCUCGAGGAAUCAACCGAGUCGUUGAGCGAGUUGGCCACAGACUCGCCGACUGAUAGCGCCUCGACCGCUUCCUCGACCCCGACGCCUUCAAUCGACAUGAUGAGUACUGAUCCCCCUCCAUCCGUCACUUCUGGAGCGAGCUCCACGACGAACUCUCCUGUGGUAGCGACGACGGAAGUCCGAGCGUUCGCCUUCCAGGAAGGAACGGAGACUUCCCGCAGGCGAACCACCGUUGUGCCAGGACCGGUUCUCCAGAACGGGACUGAAGGCAACUUCAGUCCACCAAGAUAUCAGAUUGCCACGAAGGAUGGUGGCGAUGUCGUCCUGAGCAUCAAUGGAACGCAACUCAGAAUGCCCGACGAAUUACCGAGGCUCAAUCAGAUUGUCAAAAAUCCACAGCUCCUAGCCAGAAUCGUGGACGAUCUCAGAAAUGUCGGAGUUCCGGUAAGAAAGGAUGGGAACCAAAUAACUGUGGACAGAGAAGCACAAUCGGCUUCAGAAGAACCGAUCUACGUCCAGAUUCUCACGUCGGACGGUAGGCCUCUCAAAGUCAUAAUAAAGAACAAGGAGGAUCAGUAUCAACUUCCGGGAGAAGAAGAAGCUUUCAAUCGCCUGCUCGCGACGCAACCUCAAAUCGCGUAUAAAAUCUUGAGCAUCCUAGCCGCUCAUGGAAUCACAGCUCAAAUCGACCAAAGCCACAACUUCGGAAUACCAGAUCUGGCUCAACGGAAGCCUGGCUCGGCGCCAACGCCAGAAAUCUAUCGUCCGCUGGUUCCACAGACCGACUUCCCCAGAGCUCAAGCUCCCCCGAGCAUCACAAUCGACGACAACCGCUUUUCGUUUCCCAGAGACUGGGGUCGCUUACGGGACCAGGUGGAGAGUGCCGUGAUCCCUGCAGCACGGAUCCAGCGAGCUCUUGAAAUGGGGAGCAUCGAUUGUCCGCCGCAAGUGUUCGUAGUAAUCUACCAUAACAUGCUGCAGGAUUUCGAUAGAAAGGCAAAUCUGGGAAAUGAAACAAACUUGUUCCAGAUGGAAGUAGUCCGACGAGAAAAUGAGAUUGGGAUGAAUUUCGGAUCCCGCUACUAUCCGCUCCCUCAAGAAGCGGAAAACGUGGCGCACAUGAUGAGGAACGAUCUGCUCGCCUGCGAGUUCGUUCGUGAUUCGCUCAUGAGGAUAGGCGUAGAAUCAUUCAAGGAGAACGGAGGACUACAGGUGGCCCUCCCGCGAGAUCGAGGGAGUUUUUUCAUGUCUAAUCUGCCUUCCUUCCGGCUGUUCGAAUACGAAGUGACUCAGAAUCCGAACGGGUCGGUCACAAUAAGUUGUGGGCCCCACAACUACACAUUGCCGGAGGAUCAAUCAUCUCUACAGAACGCCAUGGAGGAAAGGGAAGUUCUCCCGCUGGAGGUGGUGGACGCUAUGAACAGAAAUGGUUUGCCGUCGAAGAUGGACUAUUCGACUCAAAACAUCGAGGUGCGGAACGGGCCUCGCACACUGAGGUUCCCGGUGAAAAGACGAGCCGAACCCUCGUCGAACAUCAAACUGUUUUCUCGCGGCAGACCAGGCAAUAUGUCCUUCCUCGUCGAGGUCGAUGAUGUCCAACUGAUGAUACCGAGGGAUAUUCGCGAAUUGAAUUCUUUAAUCCUCAACAACCGGCUGGAUCCUCUGCGCCUCGUGGAGCUCUUCAAGCAACGAACCUACGUUCCGUACCACUUCGACACUGAGAGAGGACGACACGUCCUGAUUCUAGACGGCGAGCCGUUCGAAUUCCUUCAUUCCUCAAGGCUCAAUUAUAGAGGUAAUCCGACGCUGGACGCUGAUCACGGGAGAUACGGAAAGUAAUGACUGCGAUAGCCGAAGGACGAGCAUAGAAGCUCUGGGUGUCCCUUGUGCUUGGAGGAAGUUACGAUAGACGAAUAAACUUUAAUUUUU